AUGAGCACAGAUGCCUAUGCUCCUAUUGCGCAUCUUGCACUGAACGUUGAGCCGCCUCGCACCGAAUGGAUGAAUAUGGGCUUGUGGAAAACUAGCACAUCCUCCUUUCCUAAAGCAUGCCAAGCUAAACAAUACGGGCCUUCAUGUCUACAUGGCGUGACGAGCGUGCCAGCACAUGCACAUCGCGCUCGCGAACGGCUUGGCCAUCGGGCUACUGUCUGGUGUGCCGACGUUGUUCGGUGGAUACGCUCUGAUCAGGCUACGCACUCUAUAUAUGAUGUCAUUCUGGCCCUGGACUGUGCAUAUCAUUUCAGUGACCGAGCCGAGUUCUUUCGCGACGCAUAUGCGCGGCUUGCCCCUGGUGGCACGCUAGCACUCGUAGACCUCGUCAGUGCGUGGCCAUAUCCAGUCGCCACUGACGCCACUGCCUCAAAUCUCUUCCAUGCAUCAACAUUGCCCACACCAACGCGACCGCCCUCCGCGUGGCAUAGAAUCCAGCAUUGGUGUGCAUGUUAUGUAUCCGGAUCGAAUCCACAUGCGUUUGUUUCCUUCGAUAAGUACAAAGCCAUGCUACUCGAUGCUGGCUUCGACUACAUCGAAAUGCAGGAUAUUUCACAUGACGUAUUCCCUGGCUUUUCCUCGUUCCUUCUAAGCAUAGGCGUUCACGACCUGGCGUGGCGUGGCGGAAGUGCCUGGCAAUGGCGUGCAUUGCGUGCGCUUGGCAAACUCGUUCAAACGUGGGCAAAAGGUGGCAAUGCAGCCUACGUUCGCUGUGGCUUGAUUGUUGCUCGGAAGACUCAGCCCCACAAGUAG